AUGUACAUACAAUUCCAGCUACAACCGGCUCCUGUACCACGCUAUCCCCCGGAGCGACUUAGAGGGUGGUCCUACAGACGUCUGGACACAGUAGCUCUGGCCGCUCACCUGGUCGCCUUCCCAACUCCUCAAACCAAUGCCACUACAACCGCGGACGAAGCUGCCGACCAGAUGGCCACGUACCUCUCUGCAGCUUGCGACUCCUGUAUGUCACCCAGAGCCCCACCUCCUGCAGGCAGGAAGCAGGUCCAUUGGUGA